AUGGAGUUCACCGCGUCGCCCAAGCCCCAGCUCUCCUCCCGGGCCAACGCCUUCUCCAUCGCCGCGCUCAUGUCGAGCGGCGGCUCCAAGGAGAAGGAGGCGACGGACACCAUUAAACCCCUGGAGCAAUUCGUGGAGAAGUCGUCGUGCGCCCAGCCUCUGGGCGAGCUGAGCAGCCUGGAAGCUCACGUGGAGUUUGGUGGCAGCGGCGGCGGCAGCCCGUCUUCGUCCUCCCUGUGCACCGAGCCGCUCAUCCCCACCACCCCCGUCAUCCCCAGCGAGGAAAUGGCCAAAAUCGCCUGCAGCCUGGAAACGAAGGAGCUCUGGGACAAAUUCCACGAGCUGGGCACCGAGAUGAUCAUCACCAAGUCGGGCAGGAGGAUGUUUCCAACUAUCCGGGUGUCGUUCUCGGGCGUGGAUCCCGAGGCCAAGUACAUCGUCCUGAUGGACAUCGUCCCGGUGGACAACAAGAGGUACCGCUACGCCUACCACCGGUCCUCCUGGCUGGUGGCCGGCAAGGCCGACCCGCCGCUGCCAGCCAGGCUCUAUGUGCACCCAGACUCUCCUUUCACUGGCGAGCAACUGCUGAAACAGAUGGUGUCUUUUGAAAAGGUGAAACUCACCAACAACGAACUGGAUCAACAUGGCCAUAUAACCAAGCUGAAAAUAGAUAGCAACCCUUUUGCCAAAGGAUUCCGGGACUCUUCCAGGCUCACUGACAUUGAGAGGUAA